AUGGGCGCCCUUCUCAAUUGGAAUAUAUCUUUUGUUUUCGUGUUUAUGUGUACUUUUUACUGUGGUGUUUUCUCUUCAAAUAGCUACCACUAUAAACAACAACAUACUUGUAAAAAUGUUCAAAAAGAAUUUCAAGAACUAAACAUUGGUGAUAAGAGUUUGGUGCCGGAUUUGCCAGUCCAUGUGGCCCAUUUAGCAGUCUGUCAUAAAGGAUUGCACCAUCCUGGUCAAAGACUGUGUUGUAAUAAUGGCACGGUGGAUAAAUACCAUACUGCUGCCAAUAAAUACUUGAUGGAUAGCCUUCAUUCAGGCACAGCUUUUCUCAAGAAAUUUCUUAUGGAUAAACUCAAGGACUAUGAAAUGGUAUUUCUAUAUCGCUGUAUAAUUGAUGUAUUGAGUACUAUUUUAACAGUGGUAUUUCUAUAUCGCUGUAUAAUUGAUGUAUUGAGUACUAUUUUAACAGUGGUAUUUCUAUAUCGCUGUAUAAUUGAUGUAUUGAGUACUAUUUUAACAGUGGUAUUUCUAUAUUGCUCUAUAAUUGAUGUAUUGAGUACUAUUUUAACAGUGGUAUUUCUAUAUCGCUGUAUAAUUGAUGUAUUGAGUACUAUUUUAACAGUGGUAUUUCUAUAUCGCUGUAUAAUUGAUGUAUUGAGUACUAUUUUAAGUAUUGCAAUACUUCAUAUAUAA